AUGGCCCGCUUCGGCCCCUCUACCGGAGUGGAGAAGCUCACGGCGGAGCUUCAAAAGAGGAGUCGGCAGCUGGACAACCUGGAGAACAGCCUCCUCACCACGAGCUCGGAACUGAAGAAGCUCAAGGAGAAUCAUGCCGAAACCCUAAAGGAGGCGGCCCUGACCUCCCUGCAGACUCAGCAUGAGGCGCUCAGCCGGGCGGCCCGCCAGCGCGGCCUGGCCCUGGACAUGCUUUCCUCCCAGCGCGGCGGCGUGGUGGCCUCCGGCCCCUCCCUGCCCCGCCUCACCCCCCAGGGCCCGCUCAGCCGCUCCGUGUCCAGCGAGGCCAGCGACGGCGAGAGCCCCCGCGCGGGGGACGAGCUGGAGGGCAUGCGCGCCGCGCUGGCGGCCGCCUCCCGCGACCGCGAGGCGCGCGAGCUGGCCGCCGCCAACGCGGCCGCCGCGCAGGAGCGCCUUGCAGCGGAGGUCGCGGAGCGCAGCGCCGCGCUGCGCGACCUGCGCGCCGAGCUGGAGCGGCAGGCGGCCGAGGUCGCCGAGGCACGGGCGGAGGGGCGGCGCGCGGCCGAUGGCCAGCGCGCCGCCGAGGCACUCAUUGGCGGGCUGCGGGAGCGGGUGGAGGCCGCGGGACGCGAGCUGGAGGCCUCGCAGGCCGAGGCGCGGGCGGUGACGGGGCGGCUGGGCCUGGACGCGGCGCACAAGCGGCUGCGCUUCCUGGAGGACGAGUUGGAGGAGGCGUGCUCCGCGCAGGUCAUCGAGACUGGCGCCCAGGAGGAGGUUGUGGAGCUGCGUGCCGAGUUGGCCCAGGAAAGGACGGCGCACUCCCAGACCAAGGCCCAGCUGGCCGAGGGGGCGGCCGCCACGGCCGCCGCAGUCGCAGACGCCGCUGCGCAGUUGGAGCGUCUGAACUUGGAAAACGCGGAGCUGCAAAAGCGCCUCGCUCCGCCGGCAGUGGAGUACAAAGCCCUGCCUGCUACGGCUGACGAGCGAGUGGCGGAGGAGGCGGCCAACGAUGCAGUCAUUGGGACUGGUCACGAGCAGGUUGCUGAUGCUGACUGGGCGGUGAUCGAGGAGGCGGAUGUGGGCGAGGACGCGGUUGAGGCGGGGGCUGAGGACGCGGAGGCGGAUGAGCCAGCCACAGAGAAAAAUGAGGAGGAUGCAGAGGCGGCUGCAAAGCAGGGCGACGGCUGUGCUGCUGACUUAGGCACUGCUGGUCGUGUGGAGGAGGAGGCCAAGGUCACCAAGCAAGGAGCUUGA